UAGAACAUGGCGCCUUUAUUGUUACGGUUGUUCAGAAAUCGCAAACAAAAAAAUAAACAUCAUUAUGGACUGAGACCUUUGUCAAAUAGCUGGAAACCUCUAAAAUUCAAUGGUUCAAAACAAGUACGAGCUCUUAUUUUUCGAGAGUGCGACUGGAGGGGAAGAAAGCUAUUGUUUGAUUCAUCAUCUGUUAGGAAACUCUCUCAACAAGAGCUGGGCUCAUUUCAUAGCCAAAAAAAGCAUAAGAUCAAUUGUAAAAACAGUAAAAAUGAUCAGUGCAAGGAAGUGACCAGUGAUGGCUCUGUCUACCAGUACCUUGAGCCUUGUUCUGAUGUUAAAAUGCUUGGUGAGAUGAUAUUUGGUUCUGUGACUAUGUCAUACAAAGGAGAUACUAUUAAGGUUCAUACAAAUAGGUCAUCAUCAGAACUGAUGAUUAGCAUUGUUUUCCCUGUGCCAUUUCCAAAUCAAAAAGCAGGAGAUAGUGAUCUAGAAGACUCAACUUGUUUACUCAAUUCUAACAGUGGCAUUUUUACAUCAAAAUGUGGUGAAAAGAUGGAGUCACUAUGUGUAGGUAUGACACAGCAUUAG